AUGCGGCUGGCACUUGGUCCUCCUGCCACCCUCGGUGCCUCCGUCACUCCCGCCACUUCCGCCAUUCCCGCCACUUCCACCAUUCCCGCCGCUCCCGCCAUUCCCACUGUCGCUGCGGUCACAUCGUUGGAUCCACCCGACAUGCUGUGA